AUGUUUGCACCGGUGAUUAGCCUUUUCGCCAUCAUCGGCGUGGCGAUGGUCGGAGGUUUCGUGCUCGGCAUCUUUGUUCCACCUGGGGAAGGUGAUUACGGGGAUUUUGAGACCACACUCGCAGAGAGAGAGGCGCGAGAGCGCGGUUGGCGAAAAGACGUGUUGCGGGGCUAUGAUGAGGAGACCUACGCAGCAAUGCGUGGCAUGGGCAAAGAAUGGGCACAGGUAGAGUACCCCUUCGCCAAGAAACCUCGGCAGCAGCCGGAGAACUUGCCACAGCUGCCAGGUGCGCCCAAGGCCCCGGGUGCCCCGGGAGCACCACCGGGAGCUCCACCGGGAGCUCCACCGGGAGCGCCGCCCGGAGCGCCGCCCGGAGCGCCGCCGGGUGCGCCACCGAGUUAA